AAACAUUUGCGAUUGUAUAGUGUUUCUUAUUUCUUCGAGUGGUUUUGUAUUUAUUGUAAUUUACUUUGAAUUUGAAAAUGAACUACACUAUAACUUGUAAUAUUUGCAACAAGAACUUUGGCGAACCAUAUAAUUUAAGGGCGCACAUAAAAAAAUUUCACCCAGGUAACUUAAACGACCUGGCACCCCUUAGAACGUUUAAGUGUUCUGCAGUCUGCAACGAGUGCAAUAAAACAUUUGUAAAAUACUCGAAUCUAACGCAGCAUGUCAAAAAAUAUCACAAAGAUAAAUUAAAUGAACUUACCAAGCCUAAGAAAUACGCUUUUGAAUGUGAUAAAUGUCAAAAACAUUUUACACAUUUGCGGCAUUUAAAAUAUCACAAGAAAUCCCAUGAAGCACAGAAAUCCAGCGGCCUAAAGUGCAUUUUAUGCAAAAAUAAAUCUGAUGCGAGUUAUUUUACAAAACCUGAUUUGCAUGAACAUUUUAAAAUGAGACAUGAUAUAGAUAUAGUCGUAUUUUGUUGUAACAGUUGUAUUUUAAUAGUUUAG